GACUUUUCUUGUUUAAAAAUAUCACCACAUCCCACCUAAGUUUCACUUCAACGAUGAUUACAGAACCAGUAUGGAUUUUCCAAAGUUGUUCCUGCAUUCUUCUCUUCUAGUGCUCCAUUUCGCAUUUUCUUCUUCCAAAGACACAAUAACUAUAAACCAAACCAUUCAUGAUGGUGACUUUCUGAUCUCUAGAGAAAAUAAUUUUGCAUUAGGAUUCUUUAGCCCCGGAAGUUCCAGGUUUAGAUAUCUUGGAAUCUGGUACCGUAAAGUCCGAGAGCAAACUGUAGUGUGGGUAGCAAAUAGGGAUGAUCCAAUCAAGGGUUCCUCGGGAGUUCUAUCAAUUGACCAAUAUGGAAAUCUCGUUCUCCGCAGCUAUCAUAACCAGAAAGUUCCUAUAUGGUCUACAAAUGUCUCAGUGGAGGUUACAGAUACUUGUGUGGCUCAGCUCUUGGAUACAGGAAAUUUGAUUUUGGUCCACGAUAGAAGUAAAAGUAAUGUGUGGGAAAGCUUUGAUCAUCCUACGGAUACUUGGCUGCCAGGAAUGAAACUUGGGUUGGACCGAAGGACAGGCAUGAACCGGUUCCCGAUAUGUUGGAGAUCAGCAGAUGACCCUGGAACUGGAAACUUCUCACUUCAGAUCAACCCAAAAGGAUCACCACAGUUCUUUAUCUACUGGGGUAUAAAAUAUAUUUGGCGAGGCAUUCCUUGGCCCUUGAAAAGUUAUGCAGAUAUAUUCAAUGCUAGUUUUGUCAACAAUCAAAAUGAGACAUAUGCGGCAUACUCUGUUUCUGAUGCUUCCGUUAUCCUAAGGUUAAUGUUGGACUAUUCAGGACUUGUUAAGAAACUAAUUUGGCAUGAAAAAGAUGGCAAAUGGAAUGAAUUCCGGUCGAUGCCAAAAUCUACAUGUGAUCCGUAUGGGCAUUGUGGUACCUAUGGAAUAUGUGACCCUGACUUUCUUGGUCGAAGAUUUGAAUGUGAUUGUUUACCGGGGUAUGAACCCAAGUCCCCAAGGGACUGGCAUAUUCUAAAAGAUGCAUCAGGCGGGUGUGUCAGGAAGCGGCUAGAGUCUACCUCAUUAUGUGGCCAUGGAGACGGAUUUGUGAAAGUGGCGAAUGUUAAAGUACCUGACACUUCAGCAGCAGUUUGGGUGAGCACGAAUAUGAGUCCAAGGGACUGUGAAAAGAAUUGCAUGAGGAAUUGUUCAUGCUCUGCAUAUGCAAGCAUAGAUAUUGCUAGGAAGGAGACUGGCUGUUUGACAUGGUACGGCAAAUUGAUGGACACUGUGCACAAUGGGGCAGAGGGAUAUGAUAUUUAUGUUCGUGUUGAUGCAGUCGAAUUAGCUGAAAUCGCCCAAAAAUGGAAUGGUUUUCUUAAAAGGAAGGAUAUGUUAGCGAUUUUAGUAGUAUCUGUUGUUUCAGCUUGGUUUGUCGUCAUCUUGUUUGCAUAUUUGUGGCUCAAGAAGAAGAAGAAAAGGGUGAGGAACAAAUGGAACAAAAGAUGGCUUGAUACAAUUGGCAGCGCAUACUACAGCGAAACUUCAGUGGAAAAUCAAGUCGAAGGUAGCAUGAGUCAUCCAGAGAUUGCAUUUUUCAAUCUCAGCACCAUACUUGCUGCAACUGACAGUUUCUCUCCAGCUAACAAACUAGGGCAAGGUGGUUUUGGCGUGGUUUAUAAGGGUAAAUUGUUUAAUGGAAAGGAAGUUGCUGUGAAAAGACUUUCAAAAGAUUCAGGGCAAGGAAUAGAUGAAUUUAAAAAUGAAGUUUUGUUGAUAGCAAAACUUCAACAUCAAAAUCUGGUGAAACUCAUAGGGUACUGCAUUCAGGGAGAGGAACCGAUGCUAGUUUAUGAAUACAUGCCAAACAAAAGUUUGGACUCCUUUCUUUUUGAUGAAACAAGAAGGUCAAUCUUGGAUUGGAGAAAACACUUUGAUAUUAUCGUUGGAAUUGCUCGUGGAAUCUUAUAUAUUCACCAAGAUUCUAGGUUGAGAAUUAUCCAUAGAAAUCUAAAAACUAGCAAUAUUCUAUUGGAUGGGGAAAUGAAUCCAAAAAUUUCAGAUUUUGGCCUAGCUAGAAUCUUCAAAGGCGACCAAACUCAUGAAAAGACAAACAAAAUAGUUGGAACACUUGGGUACAUGUCUCCAGAAUAUGUGGUAUUUGGAAAGUUUUCAAUGAAAUAUGAUGUCUUUAGUUUUGGGAUCAUAUUAUUAGAGAUCAUUACAGGGAAAAAGAACAAUGGUUUUUGUCAAGAGGAUUUUUACCCAAGCAUGAUAGGAAAAGUAAGUUAAAAAAUAUGGAUAAAUUAUUGUAAUCAUCAUUGAAUUUUGCAUUGAUUUUCUUUGUGGUCAUAAAACUUGAACUUGUCGCAAUUUAGUCACUGAAAUUCGAUUUUGUUACAAUUAGUUUCCUGAUUUCUAUGGGAAACCCACCACAAAUCUGACAUGAUAUUCAAUUUGGGGCUAGUUUUGUAUGGCUUCUUCAAUUUGAUUUUUGAUCUAGAUCUCAUUUUUAGUAUUAUAAUAUCUUAACUUGUAUAUCAUGUUACAUUUUCAACGGAAUUCAUACCA